UCGAAUGAGUAAUUUUCUUUGGUCGAAAGAAGUUGUCGGAGGAAAAUCCGAUUCCAAAGGUAAAUAGGGCCACUUAUCGUGGUCUGUGGAUGUGAAAAGUGAGUGAAAUCUGGAGAGGGAGUUGCAGAUGUAAUUGGUGCUUAUCUCAAAACACUGCCACGCACAUUUCUCACGGAUGUUUCAGAGAAAAUUGGCAGUGACGGUGGUUGAGGUUAUGUUUACAGCAAAUACACGUAUGCAUUUGGAAGAAAAUUGUGAAAAAUUGCACGAAAAAUUAGCCCCACUACCCACAUAACAUCCUAAAAAUGCUGCCCCUAACACACAAGGACUCACGUAGUUUGAGCUACAGGAUCAGGGAGAAGGUGAAUGGUUGGAAAAGGUUGAUAUUCUCCGACAGAAAUUCCCGAAAUCUCUUCCUGUUUCUACUGCUGAACCUCAGUUUUGCAUUCGUGGAAUUACUCUACGGCAUAUGGACUAAUAGUUUAGGUUUAAUAUCGGAUUCAUUCCACAUGUUCUUCGACUGCACGGGUCUCAUAGCCGGUCUCUUUGCUUCCAUGGUCACCAAAUGGAAGGCUAAUGAUCGCUACACGUAUGGCUAUGUUAGGGCUGAAGUCCUGGCCGGAUUCGUCAAUAGCCUGUUUCUCCUCUUCAUCGCUUUCUUCAUCAUGUCCCAGGCCAUUGAGAGAGCCGUGGAACCUCCAGAGGUCAAACACGAGCGAUUGUUCGUGGUGUCAGUUCUGGGGUUCCUGGUGAACCUUGUGGGGAUUUAUGCAUUCCAGCAUGGUCAUGGACACUCCCAUGGAGGUGGAGGUUCUGGUCAUGGCCAUGGACAUUCCCACUCUCACAGUAUUCACCAUGGUCACGAUUCGAAUAACCAUCUAUUAGGCAACAGCCAUGGGCACUCCCAUGACCACCAUAGUCAUCAUUCGGAAAUGCAGCUGGGUCAGGGUAGCAAUUCACAGAUUAUGCGCGGAGUCUUCCUGCACAUCCUAGCUGACACUUUGGGCUCCGUGGGAGUCAUUGUGUCAGCUGUGCUGAUGCAAAUGUUCGGCUGGAUGAUUGCCGAUCCCAUUUGCUCCAUGUUUAUUGCCCUCUUGAUUGGCCUUAGUGUCUUAGGUCUCAUCAAGGAGUCCAUCAUGGUGUUGAUGCAGAGAACUCCAGUGAUGCUCGAUCGGGCUCUGCCUCAGUGCUACCAGAAGGUGACUGGCCUGGCGGGAGUCUAUGCUGUCCAGGAGCCACAUUUCUGGACUCUCUGCAGUGACGUCUACGUGGGAGCCAUCAAGCUGGAAGUGUCCAAGAAUGUCGAUCCCAAAUAUGUUGUCACGCAUACGCGCAUGAUUUUUGAAGCUGUGGGCGUAAAACAGAUUUUCGUGCAACUCGACUAUGUGUGAUCCGUGCAAGAGUGUUCUUAAGUGAUGAUGAUUAGUUGACUUCUAAUUUUUUGUUUGUUACUCCAUGAGGAUUCUGAGGAAAAUAGUGUUUGUUUUCCUCGUGAACUUUUUCAGUGAGAUCAGUUCAAGGCGGUUUUUUCGAUGACUGAGGGAUUUUGUAUCAGUCUGGUAUGAUAUUCUUAAGGUAAAAGUGCAAUUUAAUUUAAUAUUAGUAUUCAAUCUUCAAUUAGUGUCCAAAAAAAAACUCAAGGAUUGCCCAUAGCUGGAUUUUUCAAUGUGAAGAACAAUAUGCAGAGGAAAGGUAAAAUUGAGUGAUUCCUAACUCUUCAGAACGUUCUAAAUUGAAACAAUUAGGGGAAAGUUCUCUCCCUUCGAACGUUCACGCAUUCGAAUAAUGUUAAUUUCUUUUGUUUUUGUAAGAAAUUUACACUAAAUUAUCAACAAUUGAUGAUAAGCCAACUAAUAUUUGAGAGAGAUGUGUAAGUCUCUUAGGAAAACUAAAAGAAAAUUCGCAUUAUUCGAAGGCAUGAACGUUCGAAGGGAGAGUACUUUCCCCUACCGUUAAUAUGGCGCCAAAGUUGUAUAUUCGAUAGUUUUCAUGAAACAUAAUGAUUCAUAUGAUUUUAAUACUCAAAUUUAGAAUUAAUAUUUUCUCUAAUCUUUUUCAACAUUCGAUUACUUAAAUUUAGACCCGAUAGAAAAAAAAAUCAUUUCGCAUUUUCAUUCAAUCAGAAAUGCGACCGAAGCGCUUUUACCGGCCAAUGGAUAAACUUUGCAUGUUUAAAAAACUUAUAAAGCAAAGUAACGUUUGUAAAGCAAAAUAAAGGAAUUUUAUCAAUGAAGAGUGGAGCGAGAAACAAGUAUUUCUGAGUAUUUUAUUUUAUUUCUUGUAUUGAGCGCUAAUAAAAACAGCCAGAGCGUAGAGGCCGUUAAGGGGGAAGUUUAUUGCAACUCAUUAUCAUAAUAUAAAGCGGCGAUUGAACUGUUGAUUUUUUUAAACAGAGACCGUGAUGUAAAGAACCUUGGUAAAUUAGGGAAAAAGUUACAAACAAUUGAGGAAUGAAUUGAAGGCAUGGAUGGAAAGAAUUCGACUGGCAAAAAAACCCAACCCUCGACUAAUUUUAUUUUCUAAUCUAAACUUAGGAUCGAGAAGCUGACUUUUCGUAUUGAGAGAUUACAGUUUCGUAUGACAGCGCAUAAUUGGAAAAAUGCCCGGAGGGGAAUUCUGUAACGCUCUGGCAAUGCCAUAUGACAAAUUGGGUUAGAAUCUUAGGAGAGCUUUUUCGUAAAUGCGAUUCUGUAGCCGUGACAUUGCCAUUUCAGCUCACGUGGCAUUGUCAGAAGUCAAAUAUUUAAGAUUCCUGGCAAUUCAAAUAACAAUGAAUUUUCUUAAACAAAUCAACAAAGACGUACUGUAUUUGCAUAAAAUCAUCAAGUAAAGGGAUUUCAUUAAAAAUUCAAUGAAUUGCAUUUUCGAACUCAUAUGAUAUGACAAAAAGAGCUCGUUUGGCAUUGUCAGGUUUCGAAGUCCCCCGUGAUAAUGCCAGGAAAAUUACAGAAUUCCCCUACUGGUUACGCUCGUGAAUUUGAACUCAGGUCUAGAAAAGGUUAUCAUAAUCAUGACACGUGACAUCAAGGUUAACGGCCCACGCCAUCGAAGUUGUGGUGUCUCAACUCAAAGAAACAACUCCUCGACUCUCAGCUCUUCAGGAACGGCUACGUUCCUCACUCGAUCUCGGCGAGUAAUUCCUUACGGCAACUUGUACUCGCGAUCUUAUUUUUUCCGUCAUUACCCAAGUCUCAUGCCCAUGGGUGAGAAUAAGAAUGAAUACAACUUUGAAAACCGAUAAAUUAGCCGAACUACUUAGCUCGGCUUUCCUUACCACGCUUCUGCUAAGCUCUCUCGUUACUGCAGAAGCUUGACCGAUUCGCGAUAGUUCGGUGUGAAACCUACCAUCACUCGUGAAUAACACCCCAAGAUACUUGAACUUCUCCACCUAUGUCAAUUAUUUUCCAUUAACAUAUAGAGUGCAUUGUACAGGCCGUCGAGGAAUUACCGUUACCUUCGAUUUAUGAUCGUUCACCUUCAUACCUGUUUCGGAACAAACAUUUACAAAUCGGUCAAGUGCGCGCUGAAGCUUUUCUUCGGGAGACACAAAAAGAAUCAAAUCAUCUGCAAAGAGGAGAUGGCUCAUCCUAAAAUCCCCAAUACGAAUCGCAUUCCGCCCCCGACUGCGUUACAUAAUCUUAUCCAUGUAUGAACAAUAUUGGUAAUAGAACAUACCCCUGGCGCAGUCUACUCCGACUUCCAUUCGUUUACAUGAACGCAGCUACUAUAGUCUCCGUACAAUGACUGGAUAGCUCCUGCCAAUUCCUCAUCCAGUUUGUACUCGUGCAGUACAUCCCAAAGUUGUUCUCUCGGUACUCGGUCAUAUGCUUUUUCCAAAUCUGUGUAAUAAGCAUAGAGUUGAAUUGCAUAUUCCAAAGCCUUUUCGACAAUCAUCUUCCGGGUGAAGAGCUGAUACGUGGUGCUUCUACCAGGUCUGAAACCGCAUUGUUCCUCACCCGGUCUGGGCUCGACUAUGUCUCGGCAUCUUUUCUCAAGGACUUUGGCAUACAUUUUGCCAGGCAAACUCAGUAGGGAAAUUUUCCUAUAUUGGAACAAUCUUUCUUGCUUCCUUUCUUGAAUAUGGGUACAAUGACACCAAUUUGCCAGUCCUUUGGUGCUCUCUCACUUUGCCGAGCCACCUUAAUGACACGCGUAAGCCAACUGGCCCCUGCUAUACCCAUUAGUUUCACCAUUUCGGGACGUAUUUCGUCUAUUCGUGCAGCCUUUGCAUCAUUCAGUUUACUGAUUGCAUACAGGACUUCACUGUCUGAAUUACUACUUUCUGCCCUGUCUUUACUCGUGGGUACGUCACCAUCAGUGCCUUGUUGAGGAUUGAGCAAUUCUGAGAAGUACUCUUUCUAGCGACUUAAGACCUCUUUGGUCAGAAGAUUUCCUUCUUUGGGUGGAAUAGAUCUUCUUCCCUUUGAGUCUUGGGACUGUUUGCCAUUAUGUAGUCAAGCUCCAGCUUUUCACCGAACUUUUUCCACUGCGAGCUUUGCAGCCUUUAGCGCUUCAACGUAACUAUCACGAGAAUCACAAUCCUUACGUUGCGUGGACAACUUGUAAGCCAUCUUUUUCUCUCCAACAGCUUCUUUUAUGGUCUCUACACACUAGAGAAAUUUAUGUCCAUAUUAAAGCAAAUACCCUACGCUUGUGUAGGAAAAAUUCUGCAAUAUGGACAUAAAUUUAUUUAGUGUGUAGAGACCAUUAUUCCCGGUGUUUCCCACCAGGAUCACCGUUUCACGUUGAUCGUCAUAUUAACUCACUUUACGCCACAAGGUAAGAAGGAGAUGGUGGAAUUUGUUCAAACCUUACCAGUAUGCCCUUCACAAAUUUUUCCUCAAGGUCUUUCUUCUUAACCUUUUGAGGACGAGAAGGUCAAAAAUCGGAGAUCAGAAAAAAUCACUUUUUUUAACUUUUUAGAGCAAAGCAUAACUUUAGCAGAUCGUAGGAAAAAUUUCAUUUUUGGGACACCGGUGACCCAAUCGUCCUUAAAGGGUUAAGGCUCUUCCACCUAAUGCAUUUCAGCACUUUGCUCUUGCCCUUAGGUAGAGCGGGAGGGUCUUCGUUCAGGUUUCCCUUCGCGAAGAGCAGGUGGUUAUGAGUUGUCAGUCCAGUACUGUUAAAAACCCGAACGUAUUGGACAAUUCUUCCAUGAACACCGGGAACAAGGACAAAGUCAAAAAGUUAAUAGAAGCAAAUUUAUUAUUCCCAGAAAGAAAAUUUGCAGAGUGCUCGAAGUCAUUUAAAAGAAGUUGCAUAGGUUUCCAGUAUGUGCAUUUCUAAAUUAAGUAAAUCCAUCCUUGGUCCAAAUCUUUGAUCCUUGAGUCUUUUUUGGCAAUAUUGAGGAUUUGAAAUACAGGGAAGAAUUCCCACAGGUAUUUUUCUUCAGACUCUAGCCCGAGAAAUCGCAUUUACCUCCAGCUUGAAUACUUAAUUCAAAACACUGAUCCAUAAUUUCCAGCAUCAUCGAACUAAACCGCCAAUUCGCAUUAAAUUUCACAGAGAAAAAAAAAGGAGAAACAGUGGACAUAUUUUUCAACUUUAGGUGUAUAAUUUAUGUUGAAUUGUAAAUUGGAAUAUUUAAGAAUAGUGAGAAUAAACAAAAAUUCCUACUUA